AUGUCCCGCUACGUCGCGACCGACUCGGAGCGCAGCUACAAGGAGUACGACGGAAGCGACCACGUCCUCGAUGGUAACUCGCACCAACGACAUGCAGGCGCGAUAGGAAGCGUAGGCGAAGACGAGCUGCGCAUGGCCGCGCGCGCCGGCAUGCUCUUGCUCGAGAAGAACGCCGAGCUCGAGUACUCGAUCGACGCGCUCAACGCUGACGUUUUGCGCUACCAGCACCAGUACCGCGAGCUCGAGAUCGAGGUCGAGGUGCUUCGCGAUCAGCGCAAAGAAGCCGUGCUCGAGGUGCAGGUGGCGCACCGGGACAUCAAGCAGCUCAAAGCCCAGAUCCUCCACGAACACGCCGAGUGGGAGAGGAUACAUGAUGAGCUCCAGGACACGAUCCACCAGCUCCGCACCGACCUGCACCACGCCAAGCUCAGCGGCGGCUCGUCGACACUGGAUUCGGAGAACCAGAGCGACGACGGCAGCAGCUACUACGUGCCAUCGUCCUGCUCGCUCUCGUCCGUCUGCAACGAGGCGCCGCAAGCCCACAUGAUCGAGAUGGACGUCUACGACGACGUGUGCUCGGAGAACGCGGAGCUGCACGCGCAGCUGCGCCGGGCGCACGAAGAGUUGACCUCGCUCCACCACGAGCGGGCGCGGGCGCGGACCAUGGAGGUCCAGAUCAAGAACCUCGAGCACCAAGUGCUCCAAGUGCAGCGCGAGAAGAGACUGCUCAAGGAGGAGCAGGACGAGGAGCGCCUCUUGAUUGAGAGUCUCCGCGCGAUGGUGCAGACGUACAAGAAAAUCGCCGACGCGCGACCGUUCUCGAUCGAGUGCUCUUGCGCGCUGACCGACGACGAGGCCGAGGGCGCGCCGACCGCGCCGUUCACGUCGGACAUGCGCGGCCCGCACUCGCUCCAUGACGACGUCGUCCAGGUCAACUUGGCGCUCAAGGACGAGAUCGCGUCGCUCAAGCAGCAGCUGGCGGCGGUCGAGGCGCUGCCGCCGCCGCCGCCGGUCGAGUCGGACUCGAUCCUUCGGGACAAGGUCGAGGACCUCGAGGCACGGCUAGAGGUGACGGUCGACACGCUGCGGCACACGAAGCAGCAGUGGAUGACGGCGGUCGUCAUGCAGAAGGAGGCGCAGGAGUGCUGCGAGGCCGCGCAGGCCGAGAUCGACCGCUUGACCGAGCUCGUCCAGCACCACGUGCGCACGCUUGGUGCCGGCAACCCACCGCAAAAGACGUCGUCGGACGAAGCCGAGUGGGUGCAGGACCAUGGCGUGCACCCCGCUCCUCCAGGUGACUUGAACUCGCCGCUGAUUCAGUGCCUGCUCGAGCACUGGACGCGCGACAAGGCCCAGCGCAAAGCGCUCUCCGAGUGGCUCCAGGGCGCGAUCUGCGAGAGCCGACAGGGACCGCCGACGCUGCGCCUCGACAAGCUCUCGAGCGAAGUGAGCGCGGGCUUUGUACAGCUUUUGGUGCCGAUCCUGCGCCAAGUGCACGGCGUGAACGUGACCAUCAUGAAGCGCGCGUCCAUGCACGUGCUCUCGGACUUGAUCCUCGACGUCUCCAAGGCCAAGGUGCCGCUGGCCGCGACGAACCCGGCGUUGAUUGCAGACCGCCUCAAGCGCGAGCGGGCGCGGCCUCUGUCGCUCACGUCGGCCUCGUUUGCGCUGCCGCCGUGGAGCCUCGGCGUCCUCGCGUAGACGUUUAAUUAUUGUAAAUGACCACCACCCUUGGCCACCACG